AUGCCCCGCUCCUUCCUGGUGAAGAAGCUCAAGGCGGAGGCAUUCACGGCCGCCGGGGCCCCCGCGCCCCCCUACACCCCCCUGGAGCCCCCCUACGCGCUGCCCGGCCCCGCUGCCGGUGAUGGGUACCUCCAGCACUGCCUGGCACCCGCCGGCUAUGACACCGACAAGAAGCAAGGGCUGCCACCGCCACCACCGGACCCAGCCUAUGCCCCCGGCCACGAGGAGUACAGCGACCCCGAGAGCCCCCAGUCCAGCUUCUCCGCCCGCUACUUCAACGGGGAGGCUGCGGUGACGGACAGCUACUCCAUGGAUGCCUUCUUCAUCACGGACGGGCGGUCGCGCCGGCGCAGCGAGAGCCAGCGCCGUGGCAGCCACCGCCACUCCUGCCCCGAGUGCGGCAAGACCUACGCCACGUCCUCCAACCUGAGCCGGCACAAGCAAACCCACCGCAGCCUGGACAGCAAGAUGGCCAGGAAGUGCCCGACCUGCGGCAAGGCUUACGUGUCCAUGCCCGCCCUGGCCAUGCACGUCCUCACCCACAACCUCAAGCACAAGUGCGACGUGUGCGGCAAAGCCUUCAGCCGGCCCUGGCUGCUGCAGGGCCACAUGCGGUCCCACACCGGAGAGAAGCCCUUCGGCUGCUCCCACUGCGGCAAAGCCUUCGCCGACCGCUCCAACCUGCGCGCCCACAUGCAGACCCACUCGGCCUUCAAGCACUACAAGUGCAAGCAGUGCGAGAAGACCUUCGCCCUCAAGUCGUACCUCAACAAGCACUACGAGUCCGCCUGCUUCAAGGGCUCCGAACACAGCUGUGCAAUAGGGAACUAGCCCCCCAGCCCCCUGUGGCACAUCCACAUCCCUAUCCCCGUCCCCAUUCGCGUCCUUAUCCCAUCCCCAU